AUGAGUUUUACAAGCGACGAUAUCAAUUAUUUUAUUUAUCGAUAUCUGCAUGAAUCAGGCUUUCUGCAUAGUGCAUUCGCUUUUGCAAACGAGUCUCGUGUGUUGGAGUCGACCGCAGCUGCAGUUGACAUCCCUAUGGGUGCUCUCGUUAACAUCGUUCAGAAAGGCGUAUAUUAUGCAGAAGCAGAAGCUUGCGCAAUGCCAGGCACGAGUACCGUUGACAUGAAUUGCGAAAAGACACUCAUCGAAGGUUUGACACUUAUUGAAGCUGCUUCAAGCGAAAUUGCGAAAAAUAAAUUAAAAGAUAAAUUCCGUGAACAACAAUUGAUGAAGGAUCGUGAAUUGCAUAUGAACAACGAGAAAAAAUAUGUCGGCGUGAAACGCGAAAAAUUCGAUACCAAAGUAUUUUUAUUGCUGAAUCGUUGUUUUAUAGAUCUUUUAAGUAUCGUUCAAUGUUCUCCACCAUUACCAUUUAAUAAUGAUUCGUCGUCUUCAUCAGCAAUAUUUUCAUCAUGUUCAAAUAGUAAUAAUGGUGUGGCAACAACAAGUAAUUCUUCGUCCGUUGUACAUAAUCAUCAACAGUUAUCUGGCGGUACACAGGGCCAGCAUCAUUCUUCUUAUUCACUGCAGUUAUCAUCUUCAUCUGCAACAGCAGCUUCGCAUCAUCACGCUAGACAGUUCUAUCAAGACACUCAUGAUCGUAUAUUAAAUGGGCAAGUUGGUAAAGUGAAACAAGCUGCUGCUGAACUUCGGGCUGCUCAAGCUAAUAAUGGAUUUGCGAAUGGUUCAACAAUCGAAGUUGAUGGAUUAGCAAUAAAUCACAUUAACAAUGGUGGUAGUCUUACAAAGGCGCAAAUCGAAAAUCAGCCUUAUGAAAUUAGUCGAGACAAGGUGCGUUAUUUGAAAGGUCAUGAAAGUGAAGUAUUCAUUUGUACAUGGAAUCCUAAAAAUGAUCUCAUUGCUUCCGGGUCUGGUGAUAGUACGGCGCGUAUUUGGAAUGCUUUUGGCUCUGAACUUCCAACUACUGCCACUUCCAGUAUUGAAGAAACGUCACUAAUAUUGAAACAUUGUAUACAGAAAGACGAGAAAACUGUGUUACCACCUAAUAAAGAUGUCACAUCAUUAGAUUGGAAUUGUACUGGCGAUUUGUUAGCAACUGGAUGUUAUGAUGGAUAUGCGCGUGUUUGGGCGACUGAUGGUCGUCUUCGAUAUACGUUAGGUGCUCACAAAGGACCAAUUUUUGCGCUUAAAUGGAAUCAUCGUGGCGAUAAGAUUCUUAGCGCUGGUGUUGAUAAGACAACGAUUGUUUGGGAUCCAACAAAGGGAACACAAACGCAAGUUUUCCAGUGUCAUACAAGUUCAGCAUUGGAUGUUGACUGGAUGAGUGAAGAUACAUUUGCUUCUUGUAGUACUGAUCAAUGUAUUCAUGUAUGUCGAUUAGGAAGCGACAAGCCGUUAAAAACUUUUCAAGGUCAUACCAAUGAAGUGAAUGCGAUUAAAUAUGAUUCGUUCUCGCACAGGUUGGCGUCAUGUUCAGAUGAUCGAACAUUGAAGAUUUGGUCAAUGGAUAGUGAUUCAGCAAUUUUCGAUAUCAAAGCGCAUGAAAAGGAGAUUUAUACGAUUCGAUGGUCUCCCGUUGGUUCUUUAUUGGCCAGUGCUUCGUUUGAUCAUACAGUUCGAUUAUGGGAUGUAAUGAAGGGGCAGUGUAUUAGGACACUUUCGAAGCAUACAGAGCCAGUAUAUUCCGUUGGAUUUUCUCCAGAUGGCAAAUAUAUUGCAUCGGGAUCGUUCGAUCGAGCUGUUUAUAUCUGGGAUGUCAUGUCUGGUAAAUUAAUUCAAAGUUAUACGGGAAGUUUAAAUGAUGGAGGAAUAUUUGAGGUGGGUUGGAAUGCUCGAGGAGAUAAGGUCGGUGCCUCAGCAAGUGAUGGGACGGUUAUAAUUCUUGAUGUACGUCAUGUAAAAAGCCGAUUAAUUUAA